AUGUCCUGUUUUCUAAGAAAUUUGUAUUUUGCUGAUCCAGACACUCAUCCCUUUGAGGAGGUGGCUGUGGACUUCACAGAGGAGGAGUGGGCACUGCUGGAUUGUGGCCAGAAGGCUUUGUACAGUGAAGUCAUGCUGGAGGUUUCUAAGAAUAUGGCUGCUCUGGGUGAUGGUGAUGGGCUAGAGAAUGAGAAUGAUAACCAUCUUAGAUUAUUUAAACUGCAAAUGGCAGUGUCUUCAAAGAGCCAUUGCUUCUCUUUUACUUUGCCUAAAAUGCUGCAUAGGAAGCACAAACCACAAAAGUAUGUAAAAUAUGAGAGGGAUUUCAGUCUAAACAAAGAGAUGAAAAUAUGCAUGAAGUGUGGAAAGAGCUUCAGUACGAACUGUAGUCUUCAUCGCCAUCAGAGGAUACACACAGGUGAGAGGCCAUAUAAAUGCACAGAAUGUGGAAAAGCCUUCAGUACAAACUGUCAUCUGAGUCGCCAUCAGCGGAGCCACACAACUAAAAAAUCAUAUAGUUGCAAGGACUGUGGAAAGAUUUUUACUCGGAAAGGGCAACUUGCUUUUCAUGAAUGGAUCCACACCGGGGAGAGACCUUAUAAAUGCACAGAAUGUGGAAAAACCUUCAGUACAAACUAUAAUCUGAGUCGCCAUCAGCGGAGCCACACAACUAAAAAAUCAUAUAGUUGCAAGGAUUGUGGAAAGAUUUUUACUUGGAAAGGGCAACUUACUUUUCAUGAAUGGAUCCACACAGGGGAGAGACCUUAUAAAUGCACAGAAUGUGGAAAAGCCUUCAGUACAAACGAUAAUUUGUGUCGCCAUCAGUGGAUCCACACAGAUGAAAAGCCAUAUAGUUGCAAGGAGUGUGGAAAGACAUUCACGGAGAGUAGUGAUAUUAUUUCCCAUCAAAUGAUCCACACAGGGGAGAGUCCAUAUAAAUGCCUGGAAUGUGGAAAGACUUUUUUUGACAACAGUCACCUUACUCAACAUCAAAGGGGCCACACAAGGGAUAAACUGCAUAAAUGCUUGCAGUGUGGAAAGAGCUUUACUUGGAAAGAAGACCUUAAUACUCAUAAAAGGAUUCACAUAGGAGAAAAACCAUAUAAAUGCCUGGUCUGUGAAAAAAGCUUUUCUUGGAACUCUGGUCUUAUUCGUCAUAAUGUGAUCCACACUGGGGACAGACCAUAUAAAUGCAUGGAGUGUGGAAAGACCUUUUUCUUCUACAAAGACCUUACUCGCCACCUAAGGAUGCACACGGGGGGAAAACCACAUAAAUGCAUGGAGUGUGGAAACAAAUUUCGUUGGUACCCAGAACUUAUUGAUCAUAAGAGGAUCCACACUGGGGAGAGACCGUAUAAAUGUACGGAAUGUGGAAAACAGUUUGCUCAGAAAAAACAUCUUACUAAGCAUGAAAAAAUCCAUACAGGGGAGAAACCACAUAAAUGCACAGAAUGUGGAAAGUGUUUUGCUCAGAAAGGGCGACUUAAUUUUCAUAAGAAGAUCCACACUGGGGAGAAACCAUAUAAAUGUAUACAAUGUGGGAAAGCAUUUAUUCGGAAAAAUAGUCUUAUUAAUCAUGAAAGAAUACAUACAGGAGAGAAACCAUUUCAAUGUACAGAAUGUGGAAAGAGCUUUGCUCAGAAAAGUCAAGUUAAAAUUCAUCAGACAAUCCAUACAGGGCAAAAACCAUUUCAAUGUACAGAAUGUGGAAAGAGCUUUGCUCAGAAAAGACAUCUUAAAUUUCAUCAGACAAUCCAUACAGGGGAGAGACCGUAUAAAUGCACAGAAUGUGAAAAGAGCUUUGCUCAGAAAAGACAUCUUAAAUUUCAUCAGACAAUCCAUACAGGGGAGAAACCAUUUCAGUGUACAGAAUGUGGAAAGAGUUUUGCUCAGAAAGGAAAACUUAAGAUUCAUCAGACAAUCCAUACAGGGGAAAAACCAUUUCAAUGCACAGAAUGUGGAAAGAGCUUUGCUCAGAAAAGCCAACUUAAAAUUCAUCAGACAAUCCAUACAGGAGAGAAACCAUUUCAAUGUUCAGAAUGUGGGAAGAGUUUUGCUCAGAAAAGCCAACUUAAAAUUCAUCAGACAAUCCAUACAGGAGAGAAACCAUUUCAAUGUACAGAAUGUGGAAAGAGCUUUGCUCAGAAAGGACAACUUAAAUUUCAUCAAACAAUCCAUACAGGGGAGACACCGUAUAAAUGCACAGAAUGUGGAAAAGCCUUCAGAAGAUACUCUAAUCUGACUCGCCAUCAGCGGAUUCACACGUUAAAAACCAUAUAGUUGCCAGGAGUAUGGAAAGAUUUCACUGAGAGUAGUGGUAUUAUUUCCCAUCAAAGGAUCCACCCAAGGGAGAAACCAUAUAAAUGCCUGGAAUGUGGAAACAGCCUUAUUGACAACAGAUUUUAUUCGACAUCAAAACUUCCACACUUGGAGUAUGGAAAAAGCUUCAUUCAAAAAGGAAACUUAAUUGUCAAAAAAAGAUCCACACAGGAGAGGGACCAUAUAAAUGCAGAGUGUGGAAAAAGCUUUUGUCAGAAAUGAUAACUUAUUUGUCAUAAGAGGAUCCAUACUGGGAAAAGACCAAAUAAACAUAUAGAAUGUGGAAAGGG